CUCCCGGAAAGGAAGCCGUAUGUUCCAGACGUAGCAGGUUUCUUUUGGAAUUCACACAUUGGGAGUCUGGCGCUCUCCUCUAAAUGGUACUUUUGUUGUCUUUUUGUUCAAGAUCGCAAGCUUCUUCCAGGAUCAGAACUGCCUGCCAACCUACCUUGAUAAACAGCCCACCAGCUCUCAUGGUAGAUCAAAGGAUUAAUAAUUAGUCUAACUCCUUAUUUAUCUAAGUGGUAACUACCACUGCAAUGGAAUAAUAUUUUAACUGCAGGGGAAGCCUUACGGAGAGCCCUCUCCCCUUAAGUAAAACCUACUGGCUGGGAAUGGCCAACAGAGCUGCCCAUACUCAGAGGCAGAUCUCUGUGUCUGAGAUGCUGUCAUUAGAUGCUGCUCCAAAGACCUAAGGAAAUGCGCCCAGGAGAAGUGUAUGGUCCUAAUCCUUUCAACUGAGGCUCAAUGGCCCAGCAAAGUAUGAAAGUGAGGCCUGUGCUUCUGAAACGUAACAGUCUAGAGUCUGUGGAGCUGGUGAAGCAACCUCACCACCGCAGGAGCAAAUCUCAGCAGGUCCGAUUCAAGGAAGAUGGCACCAGUAAGACUCCACCUGGCCUAGCUGAGGUGGAUGUCCAGACGUCCGAGGACCCGGCUGUAAUGGGCAAGACUCAGGCCUCCAGGCACCAUCACCUCCCCACCUACUCACUCUCCUUUCCCAGGUCCCAGAAGGCAGGGGGCUUUCGGAACAUCGCGAUCCAAACUUCCCCCAGUCUCAGGAAGCAUUUCCCGGUUUUUAAAAGGAAGAGACUCACAGCCAGCAAGUCCCUGGUGGAAAUGCCGACAGCAUCCCAAGAUGCCAUCCAGGUGAACGGCAAUCUCUCUGAGCAGGACAUUGUGUCCUCUGACCUUGCCUACUUACGGCUGGCUCAGCAUCUUGAGGAUGGGCCUCGAAGGGUCAAGGUGUCCCACCCGUUUCUCCCUAGAAUGUCCAAGGCGCAAAGCAAUGGGCCUGUAAGCAUAUGCUUUGAAGCUGGGACGUGGAGAGCCUUGGAGAAAGUAACAGCUGCCAUUCAGGUCCCAGAUGAUAUUUACCACAGUCCUACCUGGGGAGGAAGGGAGUCUACUUUGAGCCCAGACGGGCCUGCUGAGAUUAGCAACUCCAUACCCCCUUUGGUUGACCGGCAUCCAGGUGACGGAAGAAGAGAGCUGCCACCAGAUUCAGAAAGAACCGCCCCCUGCUUAAAUGCCCCCAGGAGAGCCAAUCACACGCCUGGCACAGGGAAACUGCAACCUGAACUGCUUUUGCCCAAAGAUAACUCCGAUGACAAAGACCUUGGCCCUCUGUCAUCUAGGUCAACGGAAAGGUGUGCUCCCUCACAUCCACGGACUCACAGCUCCCCUCCUCCUGGCUCCCACAGUCAGCCAGCCCAACCAGGGGGGGCUUCAGACUGUUCUUCAUCCAGUAACAACUACCAGGAUCUGCAGUCACUCCAAACUAACAGUGAGUCAGAAUUUGGCCCUGUGUUCCAGGAGCAGACGGCAAAGAACCCCAUUAAGUCAGACAUCCCAGAGCUUCAGAACUGUCCAGGAAGCGGUUACCUCCCCUCCUCUCUCCCGAAAAGGGAGACCAAGCAGCAGAGAGUGACUGGUGGGAUUAACCCAAUUCACCUGGCGCAGGGAGAGCUCUGUGACCUCCAGGGCAGGCUGCAAUCUGUGGAGGAGUCUCUGCACUCAAACCAAGAGAAAAUUAAAGUCCUUUUGAAUGUGAUUCAAGACUUGGAGAAAGCCCGAGCUCUCACAGAAGGGCGCAACUUUUAUCGAACUGGCCAAGAUCUCAACAACUGCAGUACCUGCCAGAACACGGCGUGCAUCAUAUACAGUGUAGAAUAUGAUUUCCGGCAGCAAGAAGGCAGGUUCCAUGAAGUUCUACAGAGUCUGGAGGAAGCAGAGCCAGCUGAGGAGGCCUCUCCCCCACCAAAGUCUCCAGCAGAGCCUCCAGUUCCCGAGAAACAGGACUUAAGGCGGAAAACCAAGAAGGUGAAGAAGAAGUGCUUCUGGUGGAUCUGA